AUGAAAAUAGUGAUAUGUUCUGUUUUAAAUAUUUUUAUUUUGGCAACAUUAUCAAAUGUGCCAGCACUUUGUCAACAUCCUCCUACCCCUAUGGAGUUAAUACACAAUCUGUUUAAAACACCACCAAAACUGGGUCCAACACCACCAACCCCUGCAAAGUUUAUAGAAAAUUUAAUGAAUGAAACAUUAUCUGAAAUUGCUACUUUAUCGCGAAAUUUUUACUUUAGGGAUGUUAAGGACAAGGAUGUAAAAUUUUACCUUUUUAGAAAGGAAAAACCUUAUAUUGAGGAUGUAACUGAGGCUCCGCAUAAAGAUAUAUUGGCCUAUUGA